AUGACUGUUGGAACAAUCAUUCGCAGCUGUUGCAGCAGCAGCCAUACCAGCCAUCACGACAAGAUGGGCCAUGACAGCACGAACAACACCAAUAUGAACCACGACAGCUCCCACUCCAUGGCCAUGACCUUCUUCCAGGCCGAGAACACGUCUCUCUUCUCCACAGCCUGGACCCCGAACAGCACCGCAGCGUACGCAGGCACCUGCUUCUUCCUCAUUUUUCUCGCAUUUGCCAUGCGAACCAUGAUGGCCCUCAAACCCAUCUUCGAGCAGUCACAGUUGCAAGCGACGAAGAAGUCCAAUCAGAACAACGGCGCCGGAGACAUCGAGAAUGGAAACAAGGAAGGACGCGGUGGAUCGAACACGAAGGGAAAAGGUUUUAUUGUCGAGUUCAGAAAGCGAUGGGCGACCUGGAACCUCACAGUAAACUUUGUGAGAGCGAUUUACGAGUUGUUCUUGGUCGGCAUCGGAUAUCUCCUGAUGCUGGCUGUCAUGAGCUACAACGUGGGCUACUUCGUGUCUAUCUUGACAGGAGUUUUCCUUGGUACCUUGGUCAUGGGUCAUCUGGCCUCGGAUGCGGAGACGGCGGAGCACUGCUAA